AUGAUGGAAAUAAUGGCUCAAUAUCAAUGGCUGCAGGAUACAGAGACUAAUUGGCAAGCUUUCGUUCUAUAUAGUUCAGAUUACCCAUUGGAUGUAAAUGUUGAUUUACUAAUACCAUUCAUUAAUCAAUUGAAGUAUAACAAUUUUUCAUCAAACAAUAUAUUUAAUGAGAAUGAUGGAAUUAACAAUGAUAAAAAAGUUGAAGGUGAAAAGUUUAAAAAUUCACCUGCAUCAAUGAACACAAUAUUAAAAAAUUCUUUUGUAAAAGAAAACGACUUGCCAUGGAAAGGUGAAGAAGAACCAAGUGAUGAUUCUAGGUUUCCUUCUGCCAGAGACGUGAAGGAUCGUCCCGAUUAUGAUGAGGGCUGUGAGUUUAUACAAGACUCACUGAAGACGCCUAUCCCGAUUGGAAAACCCUAG